AUGAAAUUAAUUAAGAAGAAAGACAUAUUUCAGAAUAUUAACACAGAAUAUGAAAUAUCUGCAUAAGUACAAAGAAAAUUAUUAAAUGGAAAUGCUCAAUUUAUAAUUGAUUUAGCUAUAAAUUUAGAGCUAAAUUCAUAUUCUACAGUAUCCCUAGCAAUUCAUUUAUGUAAUUAUUUCUUUCAUCAUAAAUGUUAUUUACAAUAUGAUAGAUUUGUAAAAUAUGAUUAUAUAAUAGAUUGUUGCUGCUGCAUCUCUCUUAUUGGCUUAAAAAAUUAAAGAUGGUGAUCCAAGAAUGAGAAAACUAUUAAUAAGUUUCCACAAAAUAAUGUAAUCAAUAGAGCAAACAAAAAUGGCAAAUGAGGCUUUAAUGUAAUCAUUAUAAAAUAAACUCUGUAUUGCUGAAAGUAGAAUUUUGAAGGUAAUUGAAUAUGAAUUUGAUAUCAAAUUGCCAAAUGAUUACAUAGAAGUAAUAUGUAAAAAAUGUGUACCAAAGAAGUUUGAAGAAGCCACUUUUCAUACUCUUAAAAUAUUAAUUUUAGAUUCCUAUAGAACAUAUGCACCUUUAGUAUUUCAUUCAUGGGUCAUUUUAGUCGGAACUUUUUUAGUAGCUUCAUCAUAAUUUUCAUAUACUCCUUAUAUGUCACCUCCUCCAUAAUUAAAUAUGCCAUUAAUUAAUAAUGAAGAAGAAGCAUAUAAAGUAUGGUUAGAACAUGUUGAAAGAGAACUUAGAGAUUUUGAAAUUAAUAAAAUGAAUAAUACUAAUACAAGAUAACAAGAAAAGACUACUAUUCUUAAACAAGAAGAUUUAAAAGACUUUCUUCUUGCAUUUAAUGAAAUGCUGUUUUUAAAUUAGAGUCCAGAAUAACAAUAAUAAUAACAAUAAUAAUAACAAUAAUAAUUACAAUAAUAAUAAUAAUAAUAAUAAUAAUAAUAAUAAUAAUAAUAAUUACAAUAAUAAUUACAAUAAUAACAAUAAUAAUUACAAUAAUAAUAAUAAUAAUAAUAAUAACAACCCUAGUAAACAUUACAUUAAUCAUCAUGA